AUGCCUCCAAAUUCGAUGACAAACCUGCCUCAGGCAGACACAAGACCAGAGUCUCCCGAUCCUAGCAACAGUUACCCCGCAAAUUUUAAUCCUCAGCUAUUGGCACAUCACCUAAGCUCGUAUGAAACGAUCGGGAACCGCGAUGGGAUCUCCCUUCAUGAUUCACAAAGUAGCUUUGGCCUGAACGCAGAAUAUACCGUCGAAGGCUUGACUAGCAUCGCCGAAAACGUCAAUAAUACAGCGAUCAGCCAAAACGGAACAAUCCAAGUUGGAUGCCAUGAGCUUGAGCUGUCGAAGGAUGUUGUAAUCUCUUCUGGAACAAGGCGUUCCCAUUCAUCGGACACUCUCACGGCAACGAUCGGUCACCCCACCCCGUCGCCAACUGACACACCGCCGUCAAGGCCAGAAGAGUAUCCUACUAUACUCAGUAAAGUCUGGGAGCUACCGCCUCGGCCAGCUCGGGGCCGCAAACCGAAAGUCAGCUCAUCCAACGGUCGGGGAUCCAAUCGAGUACGUCGAGCAAGUUUGAAAGUGAGGCCACAGCGGCGUGGACCACUGGAGCCCGAGGCAAGGAAGUCGGCGGCUCUGAAGCGACAGCGAAGUGUACCUAUGACUCUUCUGAUCAAAAUGGCCCUUGUCGAAGGUCAAGCACCCUACUACCUUUUUAGCCAGAGGUGGAAGUCCAUGGACCUUGUUGACAUCACGAACUGGGCUACUGAUGAAGUCAGAACUAUCGAAAUAAGUCUGGACCUUUUACAUGCGCCUACCCAGAUCAGGGUUCGCAAAUUUAUUCCACUUCCAGGUGACUUACUGGAUGAAACGUGGGUGAAAGACGGGGAGACCAUCGUUUACCCUCUCCCAACUUAUGCAAUAGAAAACAUGGAAGAAGCUGCUAAUUCGUUUGCGCAAGCGAGGGAGCGACAAGCUUGGAAUUACCUUUGGAGCACUGUGGGAAGUCUAGAAGAAGACUCGCUUAUUUGGGAAACCUAUCUAGCCGCCUUCCGACGCGCAAACUCUGCCCCGACUUUGGAAGAACAGAUCCUGCUCUUCACUACUAUCAGGCUAUGGGUACAAUGCCGCAUCUCAUCAAACCCAGAGCAUAUCGUUGGUAAUGACAAACUCGGAACAGAGCCAAUUGCUGAUCCCUCAAGUCCAUAUUACGGAACUGUUCCGAUACCUCCAGUCUUGGAAGCACAGCUUGACUGCAUCUACUUCACAAAGUUUCUCCGACCACUAAGUAAACAGGUUCUCCAAUCUCUUAUGAAGCUCAUAGAAUCAAAGCAGAGAAACUAUUGGUACACUAUCUACCUAGUCCUUUUCAUGCUUCUCCACAGCUGCUCUAUGACCACGAAAAGAGAUAAAGAAUUCGCUGCUUCUGUUGGCUUUUCUGGAUAUGCGAAUCCUGAGAGUAUAAAACAGCACAAUGCUGGAUCUCGGACUCUGCUCGCACAUUACCAUCUUGCAUUAAAAGGCAGUUACCCUUUCCAGUUGGCAAUGGAGGGUGACUUACCAGAUCAUGCUUCACUGGGUGUCCCAGGCCUGGAAGAUAGAAAGUUCAUUACCAGAACAGCAGAAUUAGCAGCUCGUUCGACUAACAACCUUCAAGAGCAUAAUUGGGAUCAGUUACGAGAGUCUAGUAACUGGGAUGAUGAAUUUUACUGGAUUUCUCAGUUAUAUGAUGACGACUGGAAACCGGAAAAGAUGGACUGA